AACCUCCUCCACCCUCCCUCUGCCGCGCCUCUCCCUGAGUACAAAACAGCCAGCAUCCAAAAGUCCCGCUUCAUCCUGACCCACUACGGGAUGCUCAAGACCUGCUGGGACUUGGUCAUCCUCCUCGCCACCUUUUACGUCGCCGUCAUGGUCCCCUACAACGCCGCCUUCGUGGACCAGGCGCAGCAGGACAAGGCUACCAUCGUGCCGGACGUGGUGGUCGAGGCUCUGUUCUUUGUCGACAUCAUUCUCAACUUCCGCACCACCUUCGUCAACAAGAAGGGCGAGGUGGUGCUUAGUCCCAUCCGCAUCGCAACGCACUACUUCAAGGGAUGGUUUGUCCUCGACCUCUUGGCGGCCUUGCCCUUCGACUUUCUCCUCGCUGCCGACGUGUACAGCUCCGCCACCAACAUCCACCUGCUGAAGUUGACGAGACUGCUUCGGUUGGCGCGUCUCCUGCAGAAAAUGGACCGUUACUAUCAGUACUCGGCUCUCAUCCUAACGCUGCUCAUGCUCUCCUUCACCCUCGUUGCCCACUGGCUGGCCUGCAUCUGGUACGCCAUCGCCGAGCCGCAAGUUAAAACGUGGGAGGAAGGAGAGCCUCGGACCGGGUGGAUCUUCGACUUGGCACACCGGCUGGAGACUGAAGUGCGUAACGUUACCAUCAUGCAGAAGUACGUGACAGCUCUCUACUUCGCCUGCUCAUCUCUCACAUCUGUCGGGUUCGGCAACGUGUCGGCCAACACCAACCCCGAGAAGAUAUUCAGCAUCGUCACUAUGUUAAUUGGAGCACUCAUGCACGCCACUGUCUUCGGCAACGUGACUUCCAUCAUCCAGAGGAUGUACCUGCGUCGCUCCCUCUACCAGACUAAGUGGCGGGACCUGAAGGACUUUCUCGCCAUUAACCAGAUCCCGAAGGAGCUGCGUCAGAGGAUGCAAGACUACUUUCAAACUAUGUGGAGCCUCAAUCAGGGCAUAGACAUCCAUGAG